AAAGCCACAACAUACCAAGUAAUUUGGUCGGAAAGGAUCAGUCAAAAUGAUCGGUCACACUAUUUCCCAGCACACCAAAUCCAAAAAUGUCGUGCGUAAAGCCGCAUAUUUUGAUUAUUGAGCCGUUUUACGGGGGCAGUCACAAACAGCUGAUUAGCGCACUGAUCGAGGGUCUCAGCCACGGCGAUUACGAGAUAUUUAGCCUUACCGCCAAGAAAUGGCACUGGCGAGCACGCACCUCUGCCCUCCACUUCUCCCAGCUGAUUCCCAGCGAUCACGAAUACCGGAUGCUCUUCACCAGCUCCGUGCUCAGCCUGGCCGAGCUGAUUGGCCUCCGUCCGGAUCUAGCCGCGUGCCGGAAAAUAGUCUACUUCCACGAAAACCAGCUGAUCUAUCCGGUGCGGGAGGUGAAGCAACGCGAUUGUCAAUACGGUUUCAAUGAGAUUCUAACCUGUCUUGCCGCAGACAUAGUGCUCUUCAAUUCCCAGUUCAAUUGCAGCUCGUUUUUGGAUAAUGUUCAGCCGUUUCUAAAUAUUCAGCCAGACUUUAAAAUCAAGCAUAUUCGCGAGAAAAUUGAAAAGAAAUGCCAAGUGCUGUACUUUCCUGUUAAUUUUGAUCGAUUUCCCAAUCGUAGAAAGUACGUAAAGGGGGAGACCUAUGAGGAUCUGGAAGAGAAGUGCAUCCAUCUUAUUUGGCCACAUCGCUGGGAGCACGAUAAGAAUCCAAAACUAUUGGUGGACACGCUCUGCGAGCUCCACGAGCGCCAAGUGGACUUUAAGGUUACUAUUUGUGGCGAGAGUUACCAGGAGAUACCGGAGGAAUUCGAGCAUAUACAGGAGAAACUGGGAACCAAGCUGGUGAGCUUUGGCCAUCUGGAACGUGAGGAGUAUUUGAAGACACUUCUUACCGGUGACAUCGUGAUUUCAACUGCCGACCAUGAGUUCUUUGGAGUAGCCAUGCUGGAGGCCACAUUCUGUGGCUGCUAUCCAAUUGCGCCCAAUAAAUUGGUUUAUCCGGAAAUCUACCCAAAGGAAAACCUCUACAAUACCGCCAAUGCCCUAACAAAAAAGCUCUAUAACUUCUGUAAAAUUCCGAGGGUCUUUCGCAAGCAACGCGACCAAUUCUUUGAGAUUUUUAACUUCGAUCGUUUUUCGGCGAACGAACUAGUGCCAAAAUAUCUGGACAUAUUUAACAGAAAUACUGAAGACGUACAAAGUUAGAAAUCGAACGAUGUUUGUUAUAAUGUUCUACAGAACUAACUUUGAUCUUCAAUAUAUAUAAAUAUUUAAUAUUUCGUUAUUCGAUUAUAAUAGGCUUCUUUUUAAAUGAAUAUGUCACUCUUCUGUACGCUACAAAGCCAAUGAACCAACUAAAGUAAUUUACUAUUGCUAAAACACGUUUUAUUACGUUAAGCAUAUUUAUUUAUUACAAAAUUUAGAUACAAUUCAAGGUGGAUAAAUCAAAAAUAAUGCCAAUUAAUGUAGUACUAUAAAUCUUAUUUCGAAUACGCAAUCGAAUUUAUGUGCAAUUUUAGGGAUCAAUAUCUACAAUUUUAUAAAGAUGAUGCUCAUAGAAUUUUGUUUGUAAUACUUCAAUAUAGCAACAUGAAAUUAUAGCGAACCAAAGCGGUCGAAUGAA